UGGAAACACCAGUACAAGGCUCUCUCCCUGCUCGCGUUCCAGAGCUUCGGUGUGGUGUACGGGGACCUCAGCACGUCGCCUCUCUAUGUCUUCAAAAGCGCCAUGUCUGGCAACCUGCACAAUUACGAAGAUGAGACCACCAUCUUUGGGUUGCUCUCGCUCAUAUUUUGGACCUUGACGCUUGUCCCGUUGCUCAAGUACGUCAUAAUCGUCUUGGCUGCUGACGAUAAUGGCGAGGGUGGGACAUUUGCCUUGUAUUCACUACUCUGCAGGCAUGCAAAGUUGAGUCUGCUUCCAAACCAGCAAGCGGCAGAUGAAGAGCUGUCAACAUACUAUCAGCCUGGGAUUGAUCGGGCUGCUGUUUCCUCUCCAUUCAAAAGGUUUCUGGAGAAGCACAAGAAGCUGCGGACAUGUUUGCUUCUCUUUGUUCUUUUUGGGGCAUGUAUGGUGAUAGGUGAUGGCGUCCUUACACCCACCAUCUCUGUUUUGUCAGCCUUGUCUGGAUUACAAGACCCGGGAACAGGUGGAUUAGGAAAUGGUUGGGUGGUAUUUAUUGCAUGUGUAGUGCUUGUUGGCCUCUUUGCACUACAACACCGAGGUACUCAUAGGGUGGCAUUCAUGUUUGCCCCGAUUGUUGUACUUUGGCUCUUGAGCAUUGGUAUCAUUGGUCUCUAUAAUAUCAUCCACUGGAAUCCCAGAAUAUGUCUCGCUCUUUCCCCACAUUAUAUUGUAAGGUUUUUCAAGACAACAGGAAAAGAUGGUUGGAUUGCUCUAGGAGGCGUACUUCUUGCUGUGACAGGCACUGAAGCUAUGUUUGCUGAUCUUGGCCACUUCACUGCUGCAUCUAUCAGGUUGGCUUUUGUUGGUGUCAUAUAUCCGUGUCUUGUUCUCCAAUACAUGGGGCAAGCUGCAUUUCUUUCCAAAAACAUGUCAGCUGUACAUGACAGUUUUUACCUAUCAAUUCCACGUACUGUGUUUUGGCCCAUGUUUGUCCUGGCAUCACUUGCUGCAAUUGUGGGAAGCCAAGCAAUUAUAUCUGCAACCUUCUCUAUUGUUAAGCAGUGCCUUUCUUUGGGAUGCUUUCCCCGAGUGAAGGUUGUGCAUACAUCAAGGUGGAUCUAUGGCCAGAUUUACAUACCUGAGAUAAAUUGGAUUCUGAUGGUCCUCUGUUUAGCUGUGACCGUUGGAUUCCGUGACGUAACUGUUAUAGGAAAUGCUUAUGGUCUUGCGUGCAUCACGGUAAUGUUUGUUACGACAUGGCUGAUGGCAUUGAUCAUCAUUUUUGUGUGGCAAAAGAAUAUCCUGCUUGCCUUGUUGUUCCUCCUAUUCUUUGGGGCAAUCGAGGGCGCAUAUCUGUCAUCAUCAUUCAUAAAGGUUCCACAGGGAGGAUGGACUUCGAUUGCAUUUGCUUUUGUGUUCAUGUUCAUCAUGUACGUGUGGCACUACGGCACGAGGCGGAAGUACCUGUUUGAUCUCCAAAACAAGGUUUCGAUGAAAUGGAUCCUUACACUUGGCCCAAGCCUCGGAAUCAUGCGUGUGCCCGGGAUUGGCCUCAUAUACACAGAGCUGGUGACUGGAGUGCCUGCCAUCUUCUCACAUUUCGUCACCAACCUGCCUGCGUUUCACCAGGUUUUAGUCUUUGUCUGCGUGAAGUCAGUGCCGGUGCCCUAUGUUCCAGCUGAAGAGCGAUACCUCAUCGGGCGCAUUGGCCCCAGGCAGUACCGGAUGUACCGGUGCAUCGUGAGGUACGGUUACAAAGAUGUGCAGAAAGAUGAUGAGAACUUUGAGAACCACCUGGUGAUGAGCAUCGCCAAGUUCAUCCAAAUGGAGGCGGAGGAAGCCGCCUCUUCAACAAGCUACGAGUCAUCGACCGAAGGAAGAAUGGCGGUCAUACACACCACUGACGCAACUGGAACAGGGCUGAUCAUGAGAGACUCCAACGACAGUGCAGCAGGCACCUCCUUGACCAGGAGCAGCAAGUCAGAGACCCUCCAGAGCCUGCAGUCUAUCUACGAGCAGGAGUCAGGUGGCAUCAGCCGCCGCAGGGUUCGCUUCCAGAUCGAACAGGAGGAGCAGAUCAACCCACAGGUUAGGGACGAGCUGUCAGACCUCCUGGAGGCCAAGGAGGCCGGCGUGGCCUACAUCAUCGGCCACUCCUACGUCAAGGCGAGGAAGAACUCCAACCUCUUUAAGUCGUUCGCCAUCAACUACGCCUACUCUUUCCUCAGGAAGAACUGCAGGGGGCCGUCGGUGACGCUGCACAUACCCCACAUCAGCCUUAUCGAGGUCGGCAUGAUCUACUACGUCUAGGGAGGAACUGCAGAGUUUUGCAGCAGAUGCGAGUAAGCGCGUGGUUCUGGUCCAUGCGCUGAAACACAUUAGUGUAAUUUAUUUUUGUCUGUUCUUUUUGGAUGUCUGCUAGUGUCGCCGAGUUAUCAGGCGAUGUAAAGAUGGUGGCCGGCCGAACAAGCUAGCUGCCACCGUUCUGAAUUCCGGGGCUUGGGUGAACAUGUAAAUACAUUACCUUCAGUUCAUGAUAGGCAUGACUGCAAUCUACAAUCAGAGUUUGAACA